CUAAGAAAUUGUUUGGUUUUCUGAACCCCAUUUAUUUAAUAAAAUUAAAUACUAAUAAGGAAGAAAGCAAUGAGCAAUAUAAAGUUAGUAAAAAUAGGAGCCCUCGGAGGAUUCGCCACGGUCACAAUGGGCCUGAUAUUAAAAAAUAAAGUAACUUAUAAUAUCACCCAAACAGAGUAUUACCAGGAUGCUUUGAAAACGCUCAAGCAACAUAAUGGGGCCAUUUAUUUACUAGGUGAACCUAUAACAGAGCGACAAUUGGACGUUACUAAUGCGGAGAAUUUCACGAAAGGUAAUUUUGCCCAAUACAAAGUGCCUUUAGUAGGGAGCAAAAGGCGUGGGAAUUUGUACUUUUGGGCCGAAAAAAAUAGUGAAUUAGAUAAAUGGAAUGUUAUUCGAAUGGAAUUAGAAUUAAAUAAUGAUUCUAGCCGAAGGUUGCUUAUAAAAUCGACUUCAGACAAGAAUGAAAAAACCGAAACAAAGAAAGAGUAACAAAACUCAGUUUAUACAUACAUACAUAGAUGGUUAUUUAUAUAAAAAUUUAUGCUUUUUAUGCUUGAAUUAGUUAUGUGUACAUAUGUAAAAUAAACAUUAGUUUUGGAAUGUAUUGAUUGUGUUUAAUUUAAAUAUAUAAAAUGAC